GUUUUUGGGUCGUCGUCAAAUCUCUCUCUCUCUCUCUCUCUCUCUUCUUCUUCGCAUUUGGAAUUAUGGGUUUGGUUUUUCAGUGCAAAUAAUAACUGGGUUGUGAAUUUUCUUGCUAUUUUACCAACUUAGGUUUCUCAAAAAUACUCUUAACCAAAAGCACAGAGUUAGCUCAGUCAUUUCAAGGUUUUUAAUCCCUGAGACUGUUUUCAAAUAUGCACCGUAUUAGCCGCACUGGGUUUUUAGUCAAGAAUAGAUGGACAAGUGCUGUGAAAUCAUACAAUGGGUUGUGUUCUCUCAUGGAGUGUAAGCCUACAAAGCAAAUAUCUGAUGUGGGUCUUGUUGAUUUUUCAUCUUUGGCUGCAGAGAGGACUGUGUUUAAUGAUUUUGCAAAAAGGUUGCAAGUGGUGCUGAAGUCAGGUUGUGCAAGAUCAUCCAGUGUUAAUGACUGUAUGACUAAGGAGAUGCUUGGAGCUGCGGGAACUUCUUCUCUAAUUAUAGGACAACGGACUAGAGAAAGUGUAAUGAGGCUUCAGUCACCAUUCUUAUUCACUGGAAGCCAUGGAGUCAACAUCAAAGGUCCUUACUGUGCUCGGACCUUUGCAUCAACAACUUCAGAACAAGAGGGACGGAAAUCAUCAAAGACUCGAAAAGAGAUAUCAAAAGUUGAGGAUCCCUUUGAUGCUCCUACAUACAAUAUCCCAGAGAAACCAGUGACAUUUACAGAGGGAGCUUCAUACAGUCUUAUCAUUCUAGUGGGGCUUGGAGUUGCUGCUGCGGCUGGAUAUGCUGUUUUCAAAGAACUUAUUUUCCAACCAAAAGAGUACAAGAUUUUUGGCAAGGCUCUAGAAAGGAUUCAAAAUGACAAUCAGGUUAGUGUGAGAAUUGGAUCCCCUAUUACCGGCUAUGGCCAGGAAAGCAGGAAUCGUGCUGCUCGCCAACGGAUUCCAAAUAGGAUAUGGACUGACGAAGAUGGUGUUGAACAUGUUGAGGUUAAUUUCCAUAUUCGGGGGCCCCGCGGAGCCGGAAAUGUCUACACAGAGAUGUUCAGAGACAAGGUGGACAAGCAAUGGAAAUUCACAUAUUUGAUUGUAGAGAUCAAAUCACCUUCCCCGGCAAAAAUAAUGCUCGAGUCCUAUGUACCAGCCUGAAGAAGGAUAUACAAUCAGUUGCAUCGUCUAUUUUCUCCAAAAUCAUAUUUUUCUCGAGGUUCAGUAUAUUUUGCUGAGUCCAAGUUUUGAUUGCCCAGAGGUUGGAAAGGAAAUUCUUAACUUCUUUCUUACAGUUUGAUACAAAAAUAUCUCUUGAAUUCGUAUAUUGUUUGAAGAUGGUUCAUUCCUUUUUUGGGGGUUACUUGGAAGUGGUUGACCUUCUUACAAUCUGGAAUUGUGGAUUGUUUCUUUUCUAGGGAC